UGCUCCCAUCACUCUGCAAUCAUCACCAGCGCGCAGCACACAACACAGUCGGGACAAACUCGCCCAGGGAAGUCUUGAUCGAAUCCGAGGGAGGGAGUCUCUGAACGACUGGGACGGAUCAAAUUGUCCCAGGAGGCAAUAUCAGACGUGGCGAAUAUCGUUUCUUCAGCUGGAGUUGCGGCAGCAACAGAUGGUUGCCGACAUCAGCGAUUCUGCAGCAGAGGCCGCAAGACUUGCGCUGGAGAUCAUUUCAACCAUAGCCGAUGCAGUGUCAUGCGCGGUGGACUUGGGUGAGGAGCUUCCUGUCGUCAAGCCAAUGUUUAAAACUCUCAAGGCCAUCCGCACGACGGUCGAGACCGUGAAAAACAAUCGGGAGGAGCUGGCUGCACUGUAACAGAGGUGCACCUACAUUACGGCAUUUUUUGUCGUGAGGUGCAGGCUAAACGAAAGCGACGUGGAUGUGGCUCCCCGCAAGGACUGCGUCGAGGCGGCGAAGAACUUUGCCGAGCGUUGUAGCCGGAGAGGCAAGGUGUCGAGAGUGUUGAAGGCCUCUGGCGACAAGAUUUAGAUUGCCCGUAUGAACUCAAGGGUAGACCACCUGACGUCCGACUUGGGACUGGUCGGGAUUGCGGUUCUAGAGGGGAAAGUGGACGAGGUGAAGAAAACGCUGGUGAGUCUGCAAACAGCUCGCUCCUGCGAGCGGAACUCGCCUCUGCUUCCGCCUUGAAGCGCUCCGCUCUCUUAUCUGCUGGCUACACUUUUCUCUUAGUUUUCGCCGGGAGGGCCUCGCGUCCGGAAGUUCGUGCCACUUGCGUCUUUUGCUUGCCCGUCUGGGGGAUUGUUUUUCAGCC